CCCCCCCCGCCCCGCCAGCGGGCCUUGGAUCUACGGCGGCUGCAUCCGACCGGGAGGGGGGGCCGCGCCUAGCGUGAACCCCGACCCUUCUCCGCCGGGACUGGGGCCCAGCGCCCCGGAGGAAGGCGUCGCGGGCUCUCUGAGAGCCAAGUUCGAGGCGGGGGAGGCAGCCUCGGGCGCGCCCGGCUUCUCCGGGGGGGCGGGCGCGCAGAUGGCCACUCAGGUGGAGCCGCUGCUGCCGGGGGGCGCCCCGCUCUUGCAGGCCGAAGAUCACGGGGGUCUGGUGAGGAAGAAGCCGCUGCCGCCGCCCGAGGGCAAGGGCGAGCCCGGGGCGAACGACGUCGGAGGCGGGGAGCCGGACGGCGGCACCCGAAGACCUCGGCCGCCCUGCGCCAAGCAGCACAGGGAAGGCACCGGGCAGCUGGAGCGCGAGAGCCCGCGGCCGCCGCAGCCUCCCGGCGCCGAGGGCCUGGCCGUCAGCGACGGGGAGGAGGGCGGCGGCGGCGAGCCGGGCGCUGGCGGAGGAGCUGCUGGAGCCGCGGGCGCCGGGCGCCGAGACUUCGUGGAGGCCCCUCCGCCCAAGGUGAACCCGUGGACUAAGAACGCUCUGCCGCCGGUCCUGGCCACCGUGAACGGACAGUCUCCUCCAGAACAUUCUGCCCCGGCCAAGGUGGUGAGGGCAGCAGUUCCUAAACAGCGUAAAGGUGGCAAGGUUGGUGACUUUGGAGAUGCAAUCAACUGGCCAACACCUGGAGAGAUAGCCCAUAAGAGUGUGCAGCCACAGGCCCACAAGUCUCAGCCUGCCCGCAAGCUACCACCCAAAAAGGACAUGAAGGAACAGGAGAAAGGAGAGGGGAGCGAUAGUAAGGAGAGCCCAAAAACCAAAUCCGAUGAAUCGGGGGAGGAGAAGAAUGGGGACGAGGACUGCCAGCGAGGGGGACAGAAGAAGAAAGGGAACAAACACAAGUGGGUUCCGUUGCAAAUAGACAUGAAGCCUGAAGUGCCCAGAGAGAAACUGAUCUCACGCCCUACUCGUCCUCCAGAGCCACGACACACCCCCACCAGCCGCGGGGAGAUCAAAGGGUCUGAGCCUGUCACCUACGUGCCCGUGGCCCCCCCCACUCCAGCCUGGCAACCAGAGACCAAAUCGGAGCCUACCUGGCAUGACCAGGAUGAGACAUCGAGUGUGAAGAGUGAUGGGGCUGGUGGGGCGCGGGCUUCCUUCCGUGGCCGUGGACGGGGGCGUGGUCGCGGACGGGGACGCGGACGGGGUGGCACUCGAACCCAUUUUGACUACCAGUUCGGCUACCGAAAGUUUGAUGGUGUGGAGGGGCCUCGCACCCCCAAGUACAUGAACAACAUCACCUACUAUUUUGACAAUGUCAGCAGCACUGAGAUUUACAGCGUGGACCAGGAGUUGCUUAAAGACUACAUCAAACGCCAGAUUGAAUACUACUUCAGCGUGGACAAUUUAGAGCGAGACUUCUUCCUGCGGCGAAAAAUGGAUGCUGACGGCUUCCUUCCCAUGACACUUAUUGCGUCCUUCCACCGAGUGCAGGCCCUUACCACUGACAUUUCACUCAUCUUUGCGGCCCUAAAGGACAGCAAAGUGGUAGAGAUUGUUGAGGAAAAAGUACGCAGGAGGGAGGAACCUGAGAAAUGGCCUCUUCCUGGUCCCCCAAUAGUGGAUUAUUCCCAGACCGAUUUCUCCCAGCUUCUCAACUGCCCAGAGUUUGUGCCCCGCCAGCACUACCAGAAAGAGACAGAGUCAGCACCUGGCUCUCCCCGUGCGGUCACCCCAGUGCCAACCAAAACAGAGGAGGUCAGCAACCUAAAGACGCUGCCCAAGGGCCUGUCCGCCAGCCUCCCUGACCUGGAUUCUGAGACCUGGAUUGAAGUGAAGAAAAGGCCUCGGCCCUCUCCAGCACGACCCAAGAAGUCGGAGGAACCCAGGUUUGUUCACUCGACCACUCUGCCUCAGCAUCUACCCUCUCAGCAGCUGAUGUCCAAGGAUCAAGAUGAGCAAGAGGAACUGGAUUUCCUGUUUGAUGAGGAAAUGGAGCAGAUGGAUGGACGAAAGAAUACCUUCACCGCCUGGUCUGAUGAGGACUCUGACUAUGAGAUUGAUGACCGGGAUGUCAACAAAAUCCUCAUUGUCACUCAGACACCACCUUACAUGCGCCGGCACCCAGGGGGCGACCGUACUGGCAACCACACCUCGCGUGCCAAGAUGAGUGCUGAGCUGGCCAAGGUCAUUAAUGAUGGGCUCUUCUACUAUGAGCAGGACCUGUGGACUGAGAAGUUCGAACCCGAGUAUUCCCAGAUCAAGCAAGAAGUCGAGAACUUCAAGAAAGUCAAUAUGAUCAGUCGGGAGCAGUUUGACACACUAACCCCUGAGCCCCCUGUGGAUCCCAACCAGGAGGUUCCUCCUGGACCCCCUCGCUUCCAGCAAGUUCCCACUGAUGCCCUGGCCAACAAGCUGUUUGGUGCUCCCGAGCCUUCUGCUAUCGCCCGCUCUCUACCAACCACUGUCCCAGAGUCGCCAAACUACCGCAAUGCCAGGACCCCCCGCACACCCCGGACACCGCAGCUCAAAGAUUCAAGCCAGACGUCACGGUUUUAUCCAGUGGUGAAGGAAGGUCGAACCCUGGAUGCUAAGACGCCUCGGAAAAGGAAGACAAGACACAGCUCGAACCCACCUUUGGAGAGUCACGUGGGCUGGGUGAUGGAUUCCCGCGAGCAUAGGCCCCGGACUGCUUCCAUCAGCUCCAGCCCCUCAGAAGGCACGCCUGCAGUUGGCAGCUAUGGCUGUACCCCUCAGUCGCUGCCCAAGUUCCAACAUCCUUCCCACGAGCUGCUCAAGGAAAACGGCUUCACACAACACGUCUACCACAAGUAUCGUAGGCGCUGCCUUAAUGAGCGAAAACGCUUGGGCAUUGGCCAGUCUCAGGAGAUGAACACUCUCUUCCGCUUCUGGUCCUUCUUCCUCCGAGAUCACUUCAACAAAAAGAUGUAUGAGGAAUUCAAGCAGUUGGCUCUGGAGGAUGCCAAAGAAGGCUACAGAUAUGGUUUGGAGUGCCUUUUUCGAUACUACAGUUAUGGCCUGGAAAAGAAGUUCCGGCUGGACAUAUUUAAGGACUUUCAGGAGGAAACCGUGAAGGACUACGAAGCAGGUCAGCUAUAUGGGCUAGAAAAGUUCUGGGCCUUCUUGAAAUAUUCCAAAGCCAAAAAUUUGGACAUUGACCCCAAACUUCAAGAAUACCUCGGCAAAUUCCGACGUCUCGAAGACUUCCGAGUGGAUCCCCCCAUGGGUGAGGAGGGCAACCACAAGCGACACCCAGUGGCGGCAGGAGGUGGCAGCGGCGAGGGCAGGAAACGGUGCCCCUCCCAGUCUUCCAGCAGACCCACCAGCCAGCCCCCCACACCACCCACUGGCCAGCCCGUCCGGGAAGAUGCCAAAUGGACAAGCCAGCACUCGGAUGCACAGACUUUGGGAAAGUGAAAAGCCCUUUAGCCCUGGGGUUUUGGGGGGAGAAGGGAUGGAGAGGGUAGGUGAGCGUCUGUUGGGGUGCCCAGUCCCAGGAGAGGGGACAGAGAAGGGGCAGGCCUGUAGUCAUUAAGAUGGGCCUUCGUGCUGAGUAGCAAUGUGUAUACCAUUUGGGCUAUCAGAGGUACCCCUGGGCAGGAGCCUCCACACACCCCCUUCCCUCUUCUCUUUCCAUGACUCUUCUUCACAUCCUAGCUUCUUCUAAGGGGGGGAGGGCAAGGGGGGAAAUUUUUAUAUAUAUAUAUAUAUAUAUAUAUCAAGUUUUAAAUUAUUGAUAGUUCGUCUGGAUUACCAAAAUCACUCUGCAGCCCUGCCCGCGGCUGGUAGGCCGCAACCCUGGUCCCCAUCCACAGCUGCCUCCUGCUCCCCCUCAAGCCAACUAUGCAGCCCACGAAAAGGCCCUGUGGGCCCCAUUGCCCAGCACUGUUUCAUAAAAGGCUCUGGCAGCGUCCCUGGGCCCUACAAGCACCAGCCCCUUGAUCAUCUGGGGCUUGCCAUCGCCAUGUUCUCUCCCUGCUGUCCCCAUUACACCCUUCUGCCAUCUUCUGGGAGGAGGAAACCAAAGGAUCUAGAAGUGGGGGUGAGGGAAGGUUUCAGCCUCUCUACAUCCCCCUCUCCCCAUGCCCCUUACUCCAGCCCAGAGAGACGCUGCUCAUACCAGAAAAGACUAUUGAAAGAUGAUUUAUUUUAUUUUUCUCUGACCUUUCCAUCCUUGGGGAAAUGAAAAGAAAAAAAAAAAAGACAAAAUCGACCAUAAAAGACCAAAAAAAAACCAUCAGAAAACCCCCACCUAAUCCACAGAAAGUGAUGUCUUUCCCCUACUCUUGGGAUUUUUUUUUUGUUUUGUUCUUGGAAAUAGUAUUUUUUUAAAAGUUGCCUUAUUGUGGAGUGGGAAUCUGAAAUACCCAAAUGCCUGUUUUCCUCCGUGGAGUCGACGUGAAGAGCGCGCACCUUCCCUGGAUGUGCCUGGGCUGGAUUGGUUAGAAUCUGUCUCUUGACUGAGUUGCAUGUGCACCACCUCCUGCCUGUAGGCAGGAGAGCUGGGAGUGGCUCAGAUGAGAGCCGUGCCCACAUAUUCCCGCUGUCGCGUCAUUUGAGGCUGACACCCUGUGUCCACACGCUGCUGCCACCGUCAUGUCGUCGCUCUGCUUGCUGUUCCUUUCGCCAGGCUCCGUCCUGCCGUGACACCCUUCAUCCUGCCUUCGGAACCCCAAGGCCAAGUUUGCUUCAGAUUGUUGGAGGACAGCACUGGCCUGGAUCUGGGGCACACUUGUCCUCAGCCUGACCGUCUUCCCCCACCUCAGAGGGGAAGGGUGAACACUUGGCAGCUGAGGCUUGGAAACAUUGCUUGCAUUCCCUCGAUCGAUCUCUGAGACCUCCAGGAGGCUUUGUCUCUUAAAAGGUGGAGAAGGAUGCUGUUCUCCUCCCGUGGGCCGGGUGGGUUUGUCCAUCUUGCAUCACCCCUCUGCAAGCCAUCUCUGCCCACCUUCCAGUUGACCCUGCCUAGGAACAAGUGAUGAGGAGGCUUUGAGGGUAUGGGUAAUCCUGCCAGUUGGAGAAGCCCCAUGGCCGGAAGGUAUAUGUGGACAUAGAGUAUGCCUGUCUUCACUUCUCCAGCCACUGACUGAUUGUCUCGGGCUGUGGAUGAUUAGUGCAAUGGCCGGUCUCCUGGCAGCUGCAGCUAGGGACAGUGACCCAUGACUGGCCUUCACAGACUGGACUGGGGGCUGGGCGUGGGCAUGAUGACACACUCACCCCGAGGUGGUGGUGGUCAUGCGCUCACACUCUCAGCCCUCUUCAACUGCUUCCUCUGUUGGGCCCUAAAUUUGGGAGUAGGGGCCAGCAUCUCAGGCUGGCAAGGGCUUGUCUUCUGUCUUGGGCACCUCACUGCUGUGCCACCCCACCCACCCCAGCCUCCACCCUCCUAUUAUGGGGAAGCCCAUCUCCAUCCCUCUGAGCUGGUUGCCUAGAAGGCCAAGAUGAGUGUCUGCUCUGUGCUCUGACAGUGGAGUCUGGGCCUCUCCCUUCCCAGCCCGGUGCCUGCCCCAUGAUGUACCACACACCGGACACCUGGACCCCCUCCUUCCCUUAAUUGCCCCUUUUCCUUCGGGUUGCUCAGCCCUGUACUGCUUCCAGCACCAUAGUAACCUCAGUGUUUGUUCUCUGCUGGGUUUGGGGUCACAAGGAAGCCUUGAGAGUGUGGGCUGUUGUCUAGAGUUUACUCCCAGGCCAGGGGCCUGCCAUCCUCUCCCUGACCCUCCCCACAGACACCCCAGAAAGAAGAAGCCCCUUUGGGGUGGGGAGGUGAGGACUUCAUCUCAAUACAGGCUGGGGAGGAGGGGGGGAUGCUUUUUUUCUUCCUUUUUUUUUGUGUGUGUGACAUAUUUGGAGUUAAUGUUGCAAAGAGUAGUUUACAUCUUCACUUUCUGAAGACACUUGAAUUUAGGACCGAUGUAUCUGUGACAAGCAUGCAAGGAGUGGCAAAGGACAUCAGGGCUUGCCACUUCACACCCACCACCCUCCAUGGGGAUCCAAGAUCUGAGACAGAAGCGACAGCCUGCCCCAAUCCUUCCAUUCAUCCUGUACCUUUCCAAGAUGGGUCCACACCAACAUGACCUUUGGGCCUCAAACAUCAGAAGGUCUGUGUACCUCAGCUCUGCUCAGGGGCAGGUUUCUCCCACUGUCUCCUGAACCUGGGAGGAAAGGCAAUCUAGGUAGUGCCUGACGCUGCCACAGCCUGGACCCCUUGGGCUCAGAGCCCAGCGAGGAGCCCCCAUGUCAAAGUUGUUAUAUUUUUGUUGUGUUCUAUUGUAGUUCUUCUUUCCCCUUUCCUGGUGAUUGAUUUUACAAAAGAAAGCUGCUCAGAAAGCCCUGGCAGUGGGAGGAGGGGCAAAGAAGACAACUAAUUAGGGAGGGUGGGCUGGUUUUUUGCCAAAAGCCUGGGUAGAGUGGUCUGGAUCACCCUCCUGAAUGGGACCCCCCAAAUAUCUCGUGUGUGAGGGUCCCAGGAUUUGUCCCAGCCCCACCCUCUCCUUCAGCCACAUUGAUGGCAGAGGCAGAGAAGAUCAGAACAUGCAGCGCCUUCUGACUGGAGAGGAAAACUUGUCAUCUGGCUUUGCGGAGAAGGUUCCACCUUUAUGCUCAUAGUACAUUAUCUUUACCAUGUGCUAGGAUAUCACAUUUACAAGGAAAAAAAAUGUAAAAUACUUGAAUGAGCUUGUAUUAUAACAUUAAUAUUAUUGAGAGUAUCUGCUUUUCAGGCUGAAGUGAUUCAUUCAUUAUUCUAGUCCUGCUUUAGUCGUUUGUAAUUUGUGGUAAUUAUGCUUUUCUUUUUAAUACAAAAAAAAAUGUAUAAAAAUAAAAACUUGA